UUAUUGGGUAUGGCUGGGAACUCCCCAGGCAUAGGAGGAGCUACCAAGUUAAACUAGAGGUGGGACUGCACCUGCAAGUAGUGGAGACUGAGCAUAGAAGAUCUUUGUUUUCAGCUUAAAAAUUUUCAAGGCAUCGGGAACUCAGAAGCAUGUCAGGGAAGCCCAGGCUCACCUAUAUCAAUGGAAGAGGGCGAAUGGAGACCAUCCGAUGGCUGCUAGCUGCAGCUGGAGUGGAGUUUGAAGAAAUUUUUCUGCAAACAAGAGAGCAGUUACUGAAGUUAGGCCAAGAUGGAUCCCUGAUGUUCUAUCAAUUGCCACUGGUUGAGAUCGACGGGAUGAAGUUGGUGCAGUGCAGAGCCAUCCUCAGCUACAUAGCAGGGAAAUACAAUCUCUAUGGGAAGGACUUGAAGGAGAGAGCCCUGAUUGACAUGUAUGUGGAAGGAAUAUCAGAUCUGAUGCACUUGAUUUUGAUGUUUCCUUUCUCUCCACCUGAGGCAAAGGAGAAAAAUAUUGCUACAAUUGCAGAGAAGGCAACAGAGAGGUACUUCCCUGUCUUUGAAAAGGUUUUGAAACAGCAUGGCCAAGACUUUCUUGUGGGAAACAAAUUCAGCUGGGCAGACGUUCAGCUCAUGGAAGCCAUUUUAGCAGUGGAGGAGAAAGUACCUUCUGUGCUUUCUGGGUUUCCUCAGCUGCAGGCUUUUAAAACCAAAAUGAGCAACAUGCCUACAAUUAAGAAGUUCCUGCAGCCUGGCAGCCCAAGGAAGCCCCCACCAGAUGAAAAUUAUGUAGCAACUGUGAUGAAAAUUUUUAAGCUAGAUUGAGAGCAAUGUUAACUUUACUAAGUCCCAAAGUGCUGGGAAGAAAGGCAUCAAAACCCAAACCCUUGAAGGAAGUAGGAAACUCAGUAAAGUUUUUUUUUGGUACUUAAAAGCAAUGGUAGAAAUAAAUAGAAGAGUGAAAUAAAGCAUUCUGUUUACUCUGGCAA